AUAUUCAUUGCCACUUACCAGAUCAAAGUCAUUCCCCUCAUUUAUUGUUCGGAAAAAGUCUAAUAAAAGAUAAAAUUGUAGAGAAGCUGAUAAGGAGCAAAAAUUGCGAGCCACGAGUUUUUUGGGUGGCAAAGUCGAAGAAGCGAAACGCUAGAAAAUCAAGCAGAGUAAUUUGCGAUGUUUCUCGCUAAGGCCUACCGUACUGCGGCCUUCUCUAUCUAUGGCUUCACUCACUUCACCAAAUCUGCAUUUGAAGACCAUGCAAAAAAGUUCAAACCAGAAGAUACACAAAUCGAUAUAACAGGGAAAAAUUGCAUAGUUACUGGAGCCAACUCUGGCAUUGGCUUUGCUACUGCAGAAGCUCUAGCAUCUAGAGGUGCAAAUGUGUACAUGGUUUGCCGCAAUAAGGAGAAAGGAGAGGCGGCCAUCUCAGAGAUAAGGUCAAAGACGGGUAGUGCAAAUGUUCAUCUUGAGAUUUGUGACCUAUCCUCACUGAAGGAUGUCAAGGCCUUUGCGUCUAGUUUUAUAUCAAAGAACCAGCCACUUCAUGUCUUGGUGAACAAUGCUGGCUUGAUGGAGCAUAAACGUUUAACAACUAUUGAUGGGUUCGAGCUAAACUUUGCAGUAAAUAUAGCAGGAACUUUUACAGUCACCGAACUGCUUUUACCAUCAUUAGAUAAGACUGCACCAGAUGCACGUGUAAUUACUGUUUCUUCUGGUGGAAUGUACAGUGCUCCUUUGACUAGUGACUUGCAGUUCAGUGAAGGUAAUUUUGAUGGAACAAUACAGUAUGCUCGCAACAAGAGAUUGCAGGUGGCAUUGGCAGAAAAAUGGGCUGAGCUUUACGGGGAUAGAGGCAUUGGUUUUUACUCAAUGCAUCCAGGGUGGGCAUCCACACCUGGUGUUGACAAGAGUUUACCCGAUUUUUCAAAUAGAUUUAGAGGAAAGCUCCGUACUGCUGAAGAGGGUGCAGACACUGUAGUUUGGUUAGCUUUGCAGCCUAAGGAUAAACUAAAACAAGGACAAUUCUACUUUGACCGUGCCGAGGCUCCAAAACACUUACCAUUAGCUGGUACCAAAUACUCAGCGGACCAAAUCAAUUCCAUCGUUGGAACACUUCGUUCCCUUUGUGCACUGUCUUAAUUGCAGUAAAUGCAUGAGGCCAAAUUUGAUGGAACAAAAUGCAUGCAAAUAGUAAUAGUCCAAAAAAAAUUCGCUUGCUAUAUAGAUCAUGACAUUUAUUUUUUUCAAAGGACAAAAAACACCUAAUGUGCAUAGCUUCAUAAAGGUGUAUUUCUUAUAUCUCAAAGUCAACCACAUCUUAGAUUACAAAACAAAGUUUGAAGUGUUUGUUUUUUCAAACUUUUAGGUUUAUCAUGUAUUUUAGUUGGUUUUGACAUUUGAAGAGUAAUUCUAAUAUGGAUUAUAUAAGUUUUAAUAUGGAUUAUAUAAGUUUUAUUGAUGUAAUAUUCAUACUUCA